AUGGAGAGGGAGCAGUGUGAUCUUGGGAAAAAUGAGGACAGUCUGUCUGAAGACAAGAGUGACCUGAAGGUGUCCACUGGCCUGGGAAAGAGGAAGAAGCGGCGGCACAGGACGGUCUUUACUGCUCAGCAACUGGAAGAGCUGGAGAAGGCUUUCGGAGAAGCCCACUACCCUGAUGUGUACGCCCGGGAAAUGCUGGCCCUGAAAACCCAGCUCCCUGAAGACCGGAUACAGGUCUGGUUCCAGAACCGCCGGGCCAAGUGGCGCAAGCGGGAGAAGCGCUGGGGCGGCAGCACCGUGAUGGCCGAGUAUGGGCUGUACGGGGCCCUGGUGCGGCACUGCCUCCCGCUGCCGGGAGCAGUGCUGGGUGCGCCCCAAGGCAGCCCGCGGGGCUGCUGUGGGCCCUGGCUGCUAGGGAUGCAUAAAAAAUCCAUGGGGAUGAUAAGGAAACCAGGAAGUGAGGACAAGUUGGCAGAACUCUGGAGCUCCGACCACCUUCACAAAGAUCCCCACAGAGGCUCGGACACAAUGGGACCUGAGAAUGCAGAUGUGGCCAUGGAUCUGUCCAGCUCUGCCAGGCAGGAGACCAGGCAGGUGCAGGGGGCCAAGGCUCAAGGAUGCUCCGAUCUUGAUGGGUUCCAGGGUUUCCAGCCAGGGGCGAUGGGAGCCUUAUGAGACCCACUGCCCC